AUGGAACCUGCCAAUGUCAUAUUGAUAUGUAUCAUAGUUGCAUUUAAUGUCUUUCUAGCUUUAUUUGUCUGCGUUUACAAGGUUUUCUUUAAGUCUUCUGCUAGUGGAGAAUAUAGUUUAUUGUCAGGAGGCGGAAGAUUGGGAAGUUACGGAUCAGGGAAUUCUGCCAUCCCGAGAGAUUUCUUGAACGAUGAAGAAGCAUUGAAUCAUUUAGCGGAAGAGUAUGAUUUUACAUUAUUGCAGCAAGAGGAGCAAAUUGCUUACUUGAGAGGCGAAGAGUUUUCUAAACAAACACCUCCCAAUUUUGAUAACCAAAGGGGAUCAUCAUAUACAAUGAUUGAAGAACUUGCUAUCAGAGAACGAGGAAUCAAUGCCUUUGAAUUUGAGCAAGAUCAGGAUUUCCUACAACCAAGAUUUAUUGUUGAUGAUAAGACAGAAAUUAAUUUUAUAAAUAAUGAUAAACCAUUUUCAUGCUGCACGUCAGUGUUAAACUACAGUUUGCCUGUUAAGGGUAGAUUGUUAACAGAUAUUGUGUACUUUGAAACUAAAGUAUUUGAAUACGAUCAAACAAUUGAUUCCAAUCAACAUUUUGCAAUUGGAUUGGUAACUAAACCAUACCCAAACCAUUUCAGAUUGCCAGGUUAUAAUAAUUUUUCAAUCUCUUAUGAAUCUACUGGAAAUUUAAAGAUAAAUAAACCAUUACCAACUCCAUUGCAACAACACAAAGAGGAGAACAGUCAAUAUAAUGCAUUAAUAUUACCACCUUUACAGCAAUCAGAUAUUGUCGGAUUUGGAUACAUAAUUAGCACAGGUACAAUCUUCAUUACCCACAAUGGGAAGAAGGUGAUGGACAUAAUGAAGGGUUGUUUUGCUGAUUUAUACCCAGCCGUUGGAUGCUUUCAAAGCAAUAUUAAAUUCCAGGUCAAUAUUGGCCAGUUGGGCUUUGUUUGGAUAGAAGCGAAUGUUAGAAAGUAUGGUUUCGUGUCAUCAAGUGAUUUUAAGAAGAUUAAAGGUGAUAGAGGUUUAACAUCGUUGCCAGAGUAUGCCAACACUGCGGAUAAAUUAUUGGCCAAAGGUGAAGAAUUACCUCCCAGGUAUCCUGAAGAAGAGCUAGAUUUCUUUGGCAGAUCUUUAUCUUCGAACUUAAACCCUGGAACCUCUGCUCAACUUGAACAGCAAAAUGAGAAGAAGCAAGAUGAUAAUGAAGAAGAUGAGCAAGAUGAAGUGGAUGAGCAGAAAUCAACCAAUCUUCAUAGUUCAUCAAUUAUCACCAAUGAACCAGAAGAUGUCAUGGAUUUGAGAGAGCGCAUAUAUGAACAAAGAACAGGAGAAGGAGCAAUUGAAGAAGAAGAUGACUUAUAUGAAAACGGAAGCUUGCCAGUUCAAUCUGAAACACAGCAAUUAUUGUCUAAUAGCGAUGACGUACCACCUUACUAUAUAUCUGAUAAAGAUGAAACUCCAGAACUUGAAGCUGAGGCAUCACCUGAAAUAGAAGAGGAAGGUAGCAAUGAGGACUUUGACAGCAGCCAAACUCCGUCAAGAGAAGUUACACCAAACACUAGCACACCUACAGAGACUAAUAAUUCAACAAAGACCAAUAAAAGUAAAAAGAAGAAAAAGAAGAAUUCAAAGAAGAAAGGAAAGGGAAAGAAAUAG